AGGCUAUAUUUUUAUAACAGUGUGUUGUUAAUCUCAGGGUGUGUAGAGUUUUGGGUUUUAAAUUGUAAGUUUGAUAUAAAAUGGCAUGUCCUUAUCUAUCUGGGAAGAAAUCGAAAAGGCGGCAUUCAGAGCCCGUACUUUUCGACGAAGGCGACUUCAACCUUUCAUCGCAGGAGGGCAAAAACAAAAUAACCGCCCCCAGCCAGCUAACGUAUAACUCCUACCUACAACUUCCACGUCUUCUCUCAUCCCAGUAUUUACAAAGUUCUGCUGGUGGGAAGAUUCCUGUCCACGAUGAACAUCUGUUCAUUGUAACACACCAAGCGAUCGAAUUAUGGUUCAAACAAAUUAUUUACGAAGUUGAUUCAAUCCGACAAAUAUUCGCUGAUUCAUACUUGGAGGAACGCAACAUGUUGCUUGUUAUCUCAAGAAUAUCAAGAGUGUCAGACAUUCUACAGAUUCUGAGCGAUCACUUUUUGGUCCUCGAGACGAUGACGCCUCAAGAUUUUCUCGAUUUCAGGCCAUUCUUAAUGAACGGAUCCGGUUUCCAAAGUUUACAAUUCCGGCUUAUGGAAAUAAAGCUAGGAAUGCCAGAGGACCUGAGAGUGCAGUACAACAAGCAACAUUAUUUGGAAGUUUUCUUUGGCCACGAGAAAGAAACUUUAAAAACGGCGCUUGGGCAAGAAAGUCUAUUUUCUUUGGUUAACGCUUGGUUGGAACGAACGCCCGGCUUGGAGGGAAAUGGUUUUGAUUUCUUUAACAAAUUCAGAUGUAGUGUACAAGCAAUGCAUGGCGAGUUCGAGGCGUUUGGAGAAGAGAUAGAAGACGAAGAAGAAAAGCAAGAACACCAGCUUGAACAUUCAAGAGGGGUCGAAACAUUUAAUUCGAUUUUCGACAAAAAUAAACACGACGAAUUGGUUGCUAGGGGCGACCGAAGAUUUUCCCAUAAAGCACUGCAGGGCGCACUCAUGAUCUACUUGUACAGAGACGAGCCACGUUUCCAUCUCCCGUUUCAGCUGCUGCAAGUACUAAUGAAUAUCGACUCCCAUCUCACAAAGUUUAGAUACAGCCAAACUUGCAUGGUGCAGAGAAUGAUUGGAAGAAAGUUUGGAACUGGAGGUUCAUCUGGUUAUCUAUAUCUGAGAUCAACUUGCAGUGACAGAUACAAAAUCUUCUUGGAUUUGAUGAACCUUUCAUCCUUUCUCGUUCCAAGAGACAGAAUCCCUCCUUUGAACCAGAAGACAAGACGCUCUCUCUCCAUCCAAGAUAUCUAUGCUCCGGAGGUUAUGAGGAGAGUAGCUGAAGACCAAGAAACAGAUUCAGGAUUGGCAUCAAGCUUGUGCAAAACCAUGAGAAGGAUUUCCUUCAGUUCUCAUGGAAGUAUUGACGAAAAAUUGGAGUCUUAUAGAAAGUCAGGGAAACCAGAGAGUAUGGUGUGAAUGUGGUUGUGUGAGGGUAUGGGAGUGCUUAUGCGCAAAGUGGGCAACUGAAUAUACUUUAGUGGAUCUAUUUUAACCAGUGGUUCAUAACCAUUUUUUAUAACACAUAAACAACUGAUAAAUUUAAAAAUGUUGGGUUAUUAUUUUUCACACAUAAAUAUACAACUUUGUUGGGCCUGUGCCUUUAGCAUUAAAGUUUAAGAAACAAACCCAGAACCGCUGGUUAAAAUAUAAUGUACAUGGUCAUUGCCACAACCUUUUAACUGCCAGAGUAAAUUUAUGUAAGUUUGUUGUGCUUGAUGUGGGUGUUGUUUACUGACUGAACAAUGAGUUAGUUUGAUGAUAUACUGUGUUGCUUUGCAAUCAUACAAACUGAUUAUGGUGUUUCAAGUACAUGAGGUAUAUCUGUGCAAUACAAGGGUAUUUUAAAUGGAUUGUU